UUUCUCUCUGCUCAAUUGCAUUUUGUGAAAUGCCCUUUAGUUGAAGAUGCUCUUAUUUUUGCUGCUGCAUUUUUUAAAUGAAAGCUCAUUAUCUGAAGGACCAUUAACCUUCAGCACCAUUGACAUAAAUAUGAUACAUUCUCUAUAUUAAAUACAAAGUGUUCAGCAGCUCAAGGACUGACCCAUCAGCACGACAUUCAAGAGAUGACCACAGUGAGAUACUCAGGCAUAAGCACUGUUACAGAAAGUGGGCUCGAUGUCUAUUCACAAGCUGAUAUGGCCAUGGAUCUUCAGUAAUUAGGUAACAUAUUUCUUCUGACUGUGCAGAACACUGACAUUCUCCUUGAAGAAGAGGCAACAUUGAAUAGCAGACAUUUUCGAACAUCUCUCCAAUCAGCUCUCAGCAUUCACUAGUGACUUUUCAUAGCUUAUAGCUUUGGCACUUGCUAAUGACACUGGCUUUCUGAUCACAGAACAAAGUCACAGUCUUUCCAUUGAUCUCUAGUACUACUACUCAGUUCUACUCAGCCUCACCUGAUUGCUGGAGAUAUAAUGAAGAAGUACACAGAAUCACCACAAACCUUGCAGGUAGAUCCUUCUUUUCUUCAAGAGAAUCUGAUUCCGCAGCCACAAACGCAGCAUCUUUCUGAGGAAAAAUCUGCUCUGAGAAGUAACAUCAUGCCUGCUCUGACCACACCAGUGAUGUCCAUACCCUGACCACUUGAGCACUUUUCCCAGUUUCAGGGUGACCUUGUCAAUGAUUCAGGGUUUCUUGUUCAGGUGAUUAUCUACUUGACAGAUCUUUAGAUUCCCAGUCAUAUAGCUGAGUCCCAGAUCCAGCUUCUUUCCAACUACCUAUUUCAGCAGAUGGAAACUUUUGGAAUCUACUCUGAGUAUAACCAGCAAAACGAGAACUGUGUUCUUGACUUCCAGCCAUCAUCUGGUGAACCCAAAAAACAAGAAAUGAACCCUCUGAUGAACCCUAAGGUUGACAAAGGGGACAGCACCUCUCAUCAGCAUGUUACUACUUUCCAGUUCUCUUCUCAAAGUCUGAGUUAUAAUGAAACAAAUCACAGAGAGAAGAUCCAUGGGAGACUGGCUGACCCCAUCCAGGAUGAAAAAAGUGCCACAGCUAUGAUGGAAAAUCUCCCAGACCUGAUAAUUCAGUGCAUUCAGUUGGACAAGAAAUGUAAUAACAAGCCAGAGCUCCUACAGCCAGAGAACCAGCUCCCAGUGUUGGAAUUCCUGAACCACCACCAGUCCUCCUCCAGAUCCACUGGUCCACCACCCAAGGAAGAGCCUAUACAGCUUCGGGGAGGCCAGCUGCCUCUCACCCCAGCUAAAAGAGCCCGCCAACAGGAAUCUCCGUUGUGCCUCUACUGCAGCCAGGCUGGUCAUUUCACAAGAGACUGCCUUGCCAAACGUUCUCGAGCCCCAGCAUGGACAAAUAACCCGGCUCACCAGUAAGAGGGGCCGGGAAGGUCACUUUGUAAAUUUAUACCCCUCUCAUCCCUAGCCUUACUGAUUUACAACCUGCACUAAGUCUAAAAUACAACUGGAGAACUGUGAUACCACUUUACAGGUAGCCAUGAACUCCUGCGCUUCUGGGAAUUUAAACAACAAGAUCUCAUUCACUGGGAGCUGACCAUUCACCAAUCAACUAAUAAUGGAAACAAUUCCCAGACACUUCUAUACCUGGGACCAGUUUCUUCAAGGUUAUUGAAAAUUUACAAGCAAAACUAUAGCCAGUCUAAGCCAAUAAAAACAGCUUUGGCAGUAUAUUGGGAAUACUAUACUCACCAAUAGAUGAGAUUUGGGCCGAAUUUAAUUCAACCCAAAUCAUGUGUGUCAUGUGUGCCUAUGAAUUAGUCCAUCACUUUUAUACUCACACUUCUUGAUCUGUACCUUAGUUUCAUGUCCACAUAGGUCCUUUGCCUGAAAUACUAGUUGCAUUACCAUAUGUGCUAAUAUUCACUUUCUAAAGGCUAGAUCGUACUCCAUGUAUUUACUAGAAUCUUACCUCAACAUAAACCAACCUUCCUGGAACUACAGCUCUGCCACCCAUCCGCACAGCUAUGUAUUUUGAUGCCAUCUAAAGAUUUCUUGCUAGCAAACUGAAUCUCCUGGCUAUUUAUAAACCAGAUUGUAUGACUUUUUGAGCACUACUUGUUGGACUCUUCUAGAAGUCAUAUACUUUUAGCUAUAUUUUACCAAUCCCAGCUAUUUCCCCCUCUUUAUUAAUGAUCUUAUUUGAGAUUCCAGAAUAUCUUUGGUACAUCUGGAGAGAUGUUUGGUAAGUCAAAAUAGUUUAAGACAAUGAUCGCUGAAAGAUAUUUAGUGAAAGAUGAAUAAGAUGUCCUGUCAUAAUUAUUGUGUUCAUAUCAUAUUCUUGCUGCCUUGAAUAGGAAAUAUGGUUAAACAGAUCUCUACUAGGGAUUGAGAAUCAGGCCCUAUAGUAAUUCCCUACUGUAGGAGCCUCAAUUUGGUAACUAUCUGGGAUGAUUUUCCAUUGCUUUUGAGCCCUAAGCUUAUAUACCACACACCAAGGGUCCCUCAUCUAAUAGAGGAUUUGAAAAGCAGAGUUGCAGACAAUUUUCUGAACCAUCUCAUUGGGAAAACCUUGGGACAUGUACAUUAACAGCAUCCUUGCAUAAAAUUUAAGAAGCGGGGGAAUUUGAUUUUGUUGUGCUCUUGUCACACACCAGCUCUAUAUAAAGAAUUGAUGCUUCUAGGCAUCAACUCCUUAAAGUGUUGAGGGUAACCAAAACGGAUGGGAAAUUGCUGCUAAUUACCAGUCCUCUGGUCCCUGUUCUUGUUGAUGAUAUAUCCCCCAUAAGGGCUUGCUUGAAGAUGAAUAAUUACAUAUUCCUUAGCAGCCAUCAGACCUUUUCAGAACAUAAAGUGCCAUUGUACUUUGGCAUUUUUCCUGGAAAAUACUUCUAACUUUUCAACACUUAUACACAGCUAGAUCUUACUAUUCUUAUCCUGUAGUACCAACAAAUACAUCUUUUCACCCAUCAGUGCCUCAUUAACUACUGUGCUAAAUGAUACUUACAUGUGCAGAGUCUCCUUUAUCAAUAGCUUGCUAUAAAUCCACAUUAUUCCAUAAAUUCCCACAAUAAGGAGACUUCAAUGCAUAUGUUCUAGUUAUGGUGAGAAAUCUCUACUGUGGUACUGGGACUGUAUGAGAUCCUCCAACACGUAGAUCUAUUUGAGCUUUGAGAGACUUAGAUUACCUGGUGGUAUCCUGAUUUAUCUGCACUAAUACUUUUUAAAUACAUGACUAACUCAAUGGUCUCCAGUCACUUUCUUCAUUUACUCCAGUAUGUUCAUAGAAUGCCAAUAGGAUCACUCAGGUGACUUGAUCACCAAUCUUUCCUUAUUUUAGGGCCAUAAUUUGUCAUUGUGAGCUCUCUCAUAGUGUUAUAUCACCUUACUUCUGUAUAGACACUCCCCUUGCAGCAACAUUAUCUUCUUCCUCAAAAACUCUUCUGACUUCAUAGCCUCUUAGCAAUGACAAUUUGUCCAGGUCUGUGAACUCCAGUUCACUUCCCAUUCCUUUUAUCCCUUGCUGAGGUACUUCCAUCAAGGGCCUCUUGUAUCCUGUGUGACUCAACCUAGUAGCCAGGCUGAGCAUAUUAAUUGGAAUCUAUGAUAAUGCUUUACUGCUUACUGACUAGCAACCAUUUUAUCACUUUAAAAUGUUAUUGUAAUGACACUAUCCACUACAUACCAUCAGCUUCAAUUAGAAUGACUCAUUACUUAGGAUGAACAGUUACAAAGGAGUGUCCUCAGAACUGAUAGCUACAUAAAAUUCUCUGAAAGGGAAACUAAUUAGAAUCCACAAAGAACAGAUGAGAUGUAACCUACUCAAAGAUGUAAUCUGUAAAUACAAAAGCUUGGGGAACCCCCUAGGCCCAAUCAAAGCUACAGUUUUAGAGAAGUAAAUCUGCUAUAUGACUGAUGCCCUUGGAAAGGCAGCAGUUAAUUAUUUCAUGAUAAAGUAAAAAAAUGAAUUACUAACAAGAAAAUGAUCUACAUCGAGUCUAGAAAAGGAGACAGUGAAAGAAGCAUGGGCAUCAGUAAUCUCCCUAGCCUCAGAGAUGGGAUGUUUACUGGUAGUCAUUUGGCAGGUAGGUCUACUCCUGCAAUGGGCUUGAACCAUCAGGUCAUCCCAAUUUGUGUCAUUAGUCAUUAAGGUUGAUACAUAUCUCCCUUUGUUCUGACUCCAUGGUCUGCAAAUAAUCUCACUGUAGUUUCUUUCUUAUAUAAAUGUUAUUAUGAGGAAAACAUUUGCUAACCAGUUGAGGUGAAUGUUUGAGAAUAUUUGGCAGGUGUUUCUCAUAAUAAGUGAAUAAAAUGGUGUUUGCCUUACAUAUCAGUUUCCUGUGGGUUAUAAUUGCACCAAUCCUUUGCAUCCUAAUUACCUUUCUGAACACUAAAAAUAAGAAUGUCGUGCUGCAAACUUGUUACCAUAAUGUGAAUCAUAGUGAAAGCCCUAAGAUUGGCCUCUUGAGGAAACUUGCCUCAACAUCAGCCAGCCUACCACUUUAUUUCUCUCAUUUUUCUAUAGCUGUAAUAAAAUUGUUAAACACCUAUGGUUUUCACUUGCUACACUUACCUUCCCUCACACCAAGAAGCAUUUUACCAUAAUACAUAGAUCCGUGUGUCAGACAUACUGUCAUGGAUGACAUAACUGCAGACAUAAGCCACUGAAAAGCACUGUUGGAGAGAAAAAAGUAGGUGACUGGCCUUAUUCUUACCACCACCAUUUUGUCCAGAUGACAACACAUAGGUUCAUGCUGUCACUGCUGUCACUUCUAUCCAUGAUACAGUAAUAUCAUGUUUUUCUAAAUUUUGAAAUGUCAUCUCCAUCCAGCUCAUCUUACUUAUUCUCAAAAUGCACUGAACAAAAUGCAGCAUUUAGAAUAUAAAGAAUUUUUACUAGAAUCUUGGCAAAAUCGAAUAUCACAUGCCUUGGGAAGGUCUUUAGAAGUUUGCAUCACUUCUUUAAAACCUUGUCUUUUGUGGCCUGUUUCAUUGGCCAGCUAUGAAACAACAAAUCUCACUGGGCCAAUAGAACAGAAAAGUUUUCUAAAGAAUAUAGUGUUAUGGAUCUUUAAUAUCAUCGUGGACCAGGAGUUACUGACCAUAUUCUAAAAACAAAAGUUUCAGAACUUAGUUACACUAGUUAGUAAAGUCAGUCAAACUCUUUUGGUAAAUGUAUUUUAUUGCCCAGGUCAGGUUGGUCAGCCACUGAUUGUGGCUGUACCUUUGAACGUUCAUGCACUAAAUUACUGGCAUUACUUCUCAGUAGUGGCUCUAAUUCUUUGGUCUGUUUAAUCCUCUAUCCUAUUCAUUGAUUUUAGUAUUUAAACUACAUGGCUCUGGUUUUUUUAUCUAUCCAGUUCAGGAAUAAGUCAAUUAUGACUGUAUUUACCAACUGUGCUUUAUAGUAGCCCAGUGGAAGACUAUGUGGACAUUCUGUUGUCCCUAUUAACCCUUUAUCCUUUUGAAACUAAUCAUGUUGAGUGCCUACUUUAUUCCAAGCACUGUACUGACUGCUUUAAUUUGUUAGUGGUAAUUAUUUAAGUUUCAUGUUACUAAAAGAUGUAAUAUAUAUUUCUAGCAUUUAAUGCUCACUGCAUCUUUAUGAAGUAGAUUUUAAAAAUUCAAUUUAAAGCAGGAACUGAGAGUUCAGAGCAGCUAAUUUAUCUGCUUCCAUCAUCCAACUAGUAAGUUACUAAACUAAAAUUUGAAAGCACAUCUUUCGCAUGCCAGAACUUUGUGUUCUCUGAGAAUAAAACAAGAAAUUCUCUAAGUCAGACCUUCCUGAUUACCCUAACAGAUUCAAUUACACCUCCUAUAGCACUCUAAUAACUUGUAUUCAAAUAACUAUUGGUUGAAACUCAUACUCUAGUCUGCAAAGGAAGCAUAGAACAAAUCAGUGCCUUAUUGAAAUUUGCAAUUUCACUUGUGUUUCUAAGAAAUUGGAGAAAAUUCUUUGACUCAUUUCAAACUAUAUUUCCUCCAUUAUAUGAUUGAGAAGGCUCUUAUUUGUUGAGUCAGGAUCCUAAGAAAAGCCCUCAUAUUUUCAUAACUCUUCAUUCAAAGCUGUUGAGUCUUUUUGAAUAAUAAUGUUUACAGUGACUGCAGAAUGUAAGGAGGCAAAGACAACAUUUCAAGCCUUCUGAUGGCUGUUACCUGCCAUCAUCAUGGGAAAAAUCAAAGUUAAAAUAAAAGUUUGAUUAAUGCAGACAGAAGUUACUAAUUUACAUUAAGAACUGCCCUUACACUAACAACCUCAGCAAAUAUCCCCUCCAACAGUCUCAAUUCAAGGAGAAUUUAUGGGAAGAUAGUCCUGUUCUCUUUUAUUUUAUCCAUGAGUUUUGUAACUGUCAAAUAUAUUUCCCAUAGUUAUCCAUGACAAUUCUAUCAUCCAUGAAUCUUUUAUUAAAUUGACUUGUUUUUAGCGUGUAGCAUCCAACAGGGCAAUGGACACCAUAGAUUCACCACCUGCUACUUAAAUAAGUCUUCAUUUUAUAUGAAUUUUCACCUCUAUAUAAUGUAAAGGUAUUCCUCUCCCAACUUAAUUGUUUCAGUAUAUGAAAGGGUCUGUGUUGAUGCUUAUUGCCAUGAUUUGCAUUAGCAUCUCCCCAAAUCUCAUGUAUUAAUGGCCUGAUCACUAGCAUAGAGCACUACUGGGAGAUAGUGGAACCUUUAAGAGAUGGGACCCAGUGGGAGGAAAUUAGGUCAUUAGGGCAUGUCCUUGAAGGAGAUUUUGGGACUUCAGCCCCUUCCUGUAUAUCUCUCCUGUUUCCCUGGAUGCCAUGAGGUAAACAGUAUCCUCUGCCACAUAUUCCUGCCAUGAUGCAUUUGCCCUGCCAUAGGCCCAAAGACAACAAGGCCAAACAAUGAAAAUUAAAGCUUCUACAACUGUGACUCAAAGUAAGUAAAUCUUUUUUUCUUCUUUUUAAAUUGAUUGCCUUAGAUACUUUGUCAUGGUGACAGAGCUGACUGAUAUGCUGAACAUGUCAUACAUGAUUUUAGAAACUUAGGAUAUUAAUAAGAAUCAGUGAAUGCUUACUAUGUGCAAAGGGUGGGGAUGGUGAAUUAUGUGCAUAAUUGUCAUAAUAUUCUCACGAGGAAAGCACAUUUCAUAUGUGCAAACGGGUAAAUCCACAGUCCUUAAAUGACUUUUCAAAGUCACAAAUUAAUUGGUCACUCAACCAGUAUUAUAUCCAGGUCUCACUGACAAAAGACAUAAUGCUUUCAUCAGUAUACUACACAUUAUUUCAGGAUGAUCUCCAAGGUUGAAACGUUUUGCUCUUGUUAGUGGGACUUCAUGUGUUUAUUCACUAAGACUAUUAAUCCCUCUAGUUAGCCUUUUCCAAACUUCCUGCAGCUCUACUCAGGCUUUAGCAGAGGACAAUUACUAUUAAUUACCCAAACACCAAGUGUAGACACAAAAUAAACAAGAUAAAAAUUUCUCUUUAAUUACUAAUGCUUCAGAAAAAAGUAUAUUCAGUACCCUUUUGACCUUUUCAGGCUUUUUCAGUACCUUGAAAAAUAAGUCAUCAAAGACCUUUUCCUGAAGGUCACAAUUGCCUGAGUUGUAAUUCAUGACACAAAAUCCAUUACACUAAAAAUGCAAUUAGAACAUAUUCUAAUGAAAGAAUAUCCUUUAAACAACAGUGAACCGAUGAGGGAAAGAAGAAAAAAACAAAGA